GUGCUAAUGUGAAUCAUUCUGACAGAAAUGGUAGUACACCACUGAUGCUAUGUGAUGAUGUUAAUAUCAUGAAGUUGUUGUUACAACAUGGAGCUGACAUUCAACCAGUUGAUUGUUAUGGUGAAACAGCUUUGUGGAGGGCUUCACAGCGGAACAACUAUGAAUGUGUAAAAGAAUUGGUUGAGAAUGGUACUAAUGUGAAUCAUUUUGACAAUUAUGGUAGAACACCACUGAUGUUAUGCAAUGAUGUUAAUAUCAUGAAGUUGUUGUUACGACAUGGAGCUGACAUUCAACCAGUUGAUUGUUAUGGUGAAACAGCUUUGUGGAGGGCUUCACAGCGGAACAACUAUGAAUGUGUAAAAGAAUUGGUUGAGAAUGGUACUAAUGUGAAUCAUUUUGACAAUUAUGGUAGAACACCACUGAUGUUAUGCAAUCAUGUUGAUAUCAUGAAGUUGUUGUUACAACACAAGGCUAACACUGAAGCAUGUGUUUCUGAUGGAAAAACUGUAUUGUUGAAG